AUUCCAAUUCCAACAUUGCUGCUUUGCUGAUGAGACCUGCAAUUUACACGAAUCCACGAAGCAGCACUUUGACACACGACAGUCGACCCUCGCCGGCUCAACGUUCCAGCGGCUGUCCUUAUUGCUUGAAGACUUCCACCAGCUUCAGAGCCGCUAGAGCCAGGCAGCUCGCUUGGAGCGCUGCCCACCAUGUGUCGCAUAUGCGGGCGCAUGGUCAAAUGUAUAUUUGAUUCCAUGCCAUCGAGGGCCGCCUCGCAAGUAGCCAAAAGAUCCGCCGCUCAACAACCUCUCCAGCGCCGGUCUCAUCAUAUCUCAUCACGAACGCUUGUUCGAAGAGCAUUGGACAUUUCACCACGCACUGCCAGCGGCAGUACACUCCCGCAAUUCCUUCUUCCAUUCCGCACAAGACAACUACACCAGGUGGUGACGGCGCAGCAAUCAGCCAGUUCAGCAGCCCAGUUCCACAACACUCAACCAGAAAUCCCGCCGAGUACACUCCUGACGACAACCACUGAAACCACACCAACUCCAGAAACAACAGACUCUUCGUCCUCCUCCUCACCUACUACCAGCAGCCGCACCGGCUCCACCACCCUCUCGCGGCCGCUCGUGUUAUCUCGAUCGCUACAAGAGUUGCUUCCCAAGCUACACGCGCAGAAGCCGCAUUACAUCGUGGCACAUGUCCAUCGAUUUCCGUAUCUGUUGACCGAAGGAGACGUGCUCCGCCUUCCUUUCCACAUGAAGGGGGUUUCGCCGGGUGACGUUCUGCGCUUCAACCGCGCCAGCAUUUUGGGGUCGCGUGACUACACGCUCAAGGCUGGCACAAGCAAUACUGAGUCGUACGACGCCAAACGAACCGCCGAACCCAACUAUUUGGACGAGCGGCUGUUUGAGUGUCGCAUGCGUGUCAUCGGUCUCGAAACCGGACCCAUGGUCGACAAGGAGAAGAAGAAGCGCCGCAACAGACAUCGCAAGAUCGUCCACAGUAAGCACAAGUACACGGUGCUCCGCGUCAUGCAGAUCAAGAUCAAGUCCAUGGAUGAGCUCACCCGAGAAAAGGGCACUACUUUGUUGCUCGAGUCCCAGGAAGUCCUGGGCGAGUCCACCGAGACGUCGUAAAAAGCCCAGUGUGGAGGGACACAGACUCUAGCUAUUUACAGCGUGUACAAAGAAAGCAUUCAGGGUUUCCGCCCUCUUAUACAGGCGAUGGAUGAACGGGGUCAUGGUUUAGGCCGGAUUAACAAUAUCCUUCGGUGUUGUUGUGCUAGUUAUAGGAAGGCCAUAUUAUAUCAAUACAAAUCGUGCAUCAACCGGGUCAAGCCGGAUCAAAAGAGACUGUUGUAGUGAUUUGCAACGCUCAAAAGCAAAAGCAGUUCAGUCACCUGAGCCUCCCAGAUUAUAAAUGUUGGCCACAUCAUCACUUUUCGUGAGGGUACAUGAUGAGCCAAUGUUUGCGACGCCUUUUAGUCCGGGCCCGAGCUCGAACGUCCCAUUCAGACCGGUAUCAGAGGCCGACUUCGAUGCCGCCUCUACCUCAUUUCAAUGGCUGGAAACGUCAUGCGGUCCCGGAGAUUGAUCUUAAACUCGUAUAUGCCUUCUUCAGUACCUGCGUAUCUGGAUCGAGAGUCAGCAAAUACUAUCUUUGGCCACGAUUGUCUUGUCAGAACAAAAAAAAAAAAACUUACAGAAACUGUCCGUCGGGACUGAAGCCUAUCCCAGCAGUCCCAGGUCCAAUCUCUCUUAGAGCCUCCGCACUCGUUGUCGGCGAUGCUCCAGAUACGGACGCAGUCCCAGUCAAGGCUGCUAAAGCCGACGGGCCUACAACCACGCGGUGCAGCCCAGACCCAGGUAGCCAGUUCCCAUUGGCAUCGAGAGCACGAUUGCCCGACAUGCCAGACAGAAACAUCAUCCGUGCAAGCCGCAUAUCCGCCUCUGGAACUCGACCUGCAAGUUCCGAAAGGCGGUCCACGGUUGCUAACUGUGCUCUGAUGACCGGCGCUGCCAACCGACGAGUAGCAGUCGAUCGCGGACUCCCUGGCUGAGUCGAGUCUGGUCUGGCUGUUAUGGUGAUUGCCGCUGUUCUGACCGGUUGAAUUCCUUCAGUCCCAGUUCGUCUUCUGUUUCCACCUUCCUCGUCGCCGCGGAUGUCGCGUGUUCGGAUGAUAUUUUCCAGAGAUUCAAUGUCCGAUGUCGCCUGUGCCACUCUCGCUUCGGCUCGACGAACUUGCCGCUCGAGGUUCUCGAUAUGCGCAAGCCGUUGUCGACUCGAUUCUCUGUAAUCAGUCAAGAUAUGGGUAAGAUUGUCCGACGGCUCAAGCGAUCGAACGUUGGUGGUGGGAAGGGCCGAAGUUUGAGCAAAUGUCGAGUCUGAAGAGGUGGAUCCGGUAUUCGUCGUUGAGCGUGUCACAGUGUCUGUGCCCAGCAGCCUUGCUCGCUCUUCUUCCAGUCGUCUGGAAUAGUCCGUGCCAACAUUCAACUCACUCCGGAGUUCCUGAGACCGUUGCUGAGUAAAGCGUUGUUCAUUAGCCAGCUGUCUCUGCAAAACACGUUCGAGCGUCGCUUCAAGGCGAGCAUUCCAUUCCCUAGCGCCCGCCCGCAAGUGAUCCAGUUGGGCAGAAUUUUCAUUGAGAAGCCGUUGUUGAGUAUCAAGCUGCCUUCGAAGGAGACUUGACAGUUGCCGUUCGUCAGCUAACUGCCGCUCAAUCUGAUUUCCUAGCUGUCUCUCAGCUUCCAGCACAGUCUCAAUGUAUCUCAAAUUCACUCGGUCACCGUUGUCUGAUUCGCGUGCGGACUCCAGCGCAUUCUGUAUAACGUGCCAUGGAUCAGACGGGGGAAUGCUGCUAGAAGCUCUCCGAGGAUUCGACCUUCCGCCCGUAGUGCUUCUUGAAGCUCCCUCCUGAACUUGCAUGAACGAGAUUUCGUCUUCCUCGUCCAUGCGACC